CACGGGACUUCCGCCUGUGGGAUGGACGGAGCCGUCACCGUCAACAUGGCGAUGGGUUGUCAGUGGUGGCGUCAGUGGGCGACUCACAGUUCCCUCCACAUGUCAACCGCGACGCUCGGCACAAAGCGAGCGCGGCCACAACGACACUGAAAGCGCAUUUAGUCUUUUCAGCUUCGCUGUCGGGCAGUGAAGCGGACUUUGGUGCACUAUGUCUCUACUUUGUGUGAGAGUUAAGAAAGCCAGCCUCAGAGGAUCUCCAGAUAAAUUUAACACUUAUGUGACGCUGAAAGUACAGAAUGUUAAAAGCACUACAAUAGCUGUGCGAGGGGAUCAGCCUUGUUGGGAGCAAGACUUCAUGUUUGAGAUCAGCCGGUUGGAACUUGGCUUGAUUGUUGAAGUCUGGAACAAAGGGUUAAUCUGGGAUACAAUGGUGGGAAAUGUGUGGAUACCACUGAAGAGCAUUCGGCAAUCUGAUGAGGAAGGACCAGGGGAUUGGUCGACAUUGGAUGCAGAAGUUUUAAUGAACGAAGAUGAGAUAUGUGGAACCGGAAGUCCAACACCACAUAAAAUCCUGUUAGAUACUCGCUUUGAGUUGCCUUUUGAUAUCCCAGAAGAAGAAGCAAUAUAUUGGACACAUAAAUUAGAGAAAUUGAAUGCCAUAAGGAACCAUGAUGAGUACACAAUUCAGGAAGAAGUCCAGAAGAAGCCUUUGCCCACAGCACCCUCCCAGUGUUCUCUUGAAGAUCCCGACAGUGCAGUUGAUGACAGAGACAGUGAUUAUCGUAGUGAGACCAGUAACAGCAUUCCACCUCCCUUUCACACCACCUCCCAGCCAAAUGCAUCCGUUCAUCAGUUCCCAGUUCAGUCAAGAUUACAGCUCCAAGGAAUUUCUCGGGAUCCCUGUGUUGGUACAAUCCCAAAUUAUGAUCUAGAUUACCGUGAAAAAAAAGGAAUAAGACGAUAUGAUAGCAUAGAUUCUGCUGCAAAUGGCCGUAGUGAUCUAGAGUCUGCAUCAGAAUCUAGUCAGCUAACCAGCCGCCAGUACUCCCUCGAAAGUAGGCAGUCUCUAAAUCUGUCCGAUAGGUUGUCUACUUAUGCAUGCCUUGCAUUAACAAGCCGGAGCAUCUUACAAGAAAAGAUCAGAAUCGUACCAGUGGAUUUUGGUGUUGGAGAAGAAGACUGGGAAAGUAAAUAUGAGGAGUUAGGGAAACAAUUCAACAGCUUUUCUGGGAAAGAAAGUAAAAAAGGCAGACAAGAAGGAACUCCAAAGAAGAACCCUAUAAAAGGAAAAGUUCAUAAAUGCACGGAACAUGCAGAUAGGAAAGACCAAAAAAUAUUAAAGUGUCAGCAGUUUCUGAAAGGAAAAUCAAACAUUUUGCUCUAUCCUAGUUAUCCAGAGGAAUAUAAUACAAUUGAUAGGCGAAAAAAGAAAGGCAGAACAAAUAGCUUGGGGGACAGUGACAUGCAAAAGCUAAACCAUUCUAAAAAAUUAGAUAACCCAUCUCCCAGUGGUAUAUUUAUCAGCAACCUUUCCAGUAAAGUGUCAAAAAUAGAAUCUGAAAAAAUGAAAUGGAAUCGUAGCGACCCUUUGCUUUAUAGCUAUGACAUGGCAACAACAGUUAAAGAGAAUAAACGGGAACCUCUGAAAAGAAAUAACACAUGGAGAUUAAAUGAAUCAUUCAGCAACAACCCUGAAGAUGUGAUAGAUGGAGCAGAAUGCCUGGAUGAAAUAUGCAAAGAAAAAAUGUCAGAUGAAGGAAUGUUAGAGGACAUUUGUGAUACCUAUAAUAGCAGUGAUUCUGAUGAUCUUUGUUGUUCUCUUGAAUCUGACGAUGAACAAGAAGCUUUAUUAAUUGCACAGUCAUGGCAUGAAAGUGGCAAAAGGUGUGUUGACAGAAAUCAGGAUAUCAUUGCUUCAAAUAUCCCCCAAAGCAAAGAGCAAUCAAGGCUCAUCAUUGAUGAGGAAAUUGAUGACAUAUUACAUCAAACCAGAAAAAGGUUGCAUUCCACCAAAAGUGAGAAAAUGAAUGAAGAUUUUAUUGAUCCAAUGGAUGAACUGCAAUGUCUGGUAGCAUCUGUCUCUGAGUACUUGGCAGAAAAAGAAGAGGAAAUUAAUAAAUUUGGAUCACUUCCAAAAAUGCAGAAUAAAACUCUCAGAAAGUCUCAAGAAGAAUCCAUGAGCCCGAGGAAGCAUAUUAGUGAAGAAAAAGUACCUUGUUGUAAUAAUGCACAAGGAUGGGAAAAUGAAAAAGGGUUGAAACAGGCUGAUGGUGGGGAUAGUGAUCAAAAACUGGACUCUCUUCCCGAUCUGACUGGUGUGAAAAAUACCAUGCAGUCUCUAUUCAACUCAUUGGGUGAAAAAGUAGGAAUGGGUAAAAAGCAGCAUUCAUUUCUGGGAAAAAUAAUGUCUGCUACUUCAGAAUCUCCAGACAAAAUUAAUAAGGCACGCACUAAUCUCUCAAAUUUAUUUUCACCCAUUACCAAUGAUACAAAGGUUCAUCCUCCUAUGAAUGAUGCAUCAGAAGGAACUGAUACUUUGCUGUCCAAACCUCCAUGGCCUUCUCCAGAAAGCAAAGAAUCUGAUUCUUCUAAAAUGAUGAAUACAGCAGAGGAGAAAACGUUACAAAAGCCGCAAGAUGAAAAUAUCUCUCUGGUAACUGAACCAUCACAGAACAGAGUCAUUGAGUCAUUACUUGAGAAACUAAACCCUUUAAAGUUCUUGAUAGAAAAAAAUAUAGCAAAUGAUAGUCAGAAUGACAUUGGGCAAAAUACAACACAUCAAGCUAACAGUGAAGGAAAAAAUGCGUUACAAGUAUCUAAUAAUUGUCCCCGCUCCAAUGACAUUGACAAUCACUCUCAAAAUAAUUUUGAUGAUAAGUUGUACCAACAGAAUAACUUUUUAACAAACACAUGUCAGAAAGAUGUUGCUCUAGAUAAAUGUACAGAUCAUGCAUUAGAGUUGCAUAACAUGUCAGAAACUAUGGAGCAGUCAAUUCCCAUAGUUCGAGAAAUAACAGAUAAACAUACACCUGAAACUCUGGGACCACACAAUGCUCAUGAUAAUAAAAUAGAGAAUAAUAUGACGCCUUCCACGAAAUUAGAAUCUUUACAAACCAAGUCCAACACACAAUACUGCUCUGGAAUUAAUUUGAGAUAUUUUAACCCUUUAAAAAAAUCAGUAGGUCAUGUUUUUUUUCCUUCACUGGACAAUAAAACACAAACAGCAUCAGAGACUCUGUCAAAGUUUCCUUUUCACAGAUCUGCUGAGGAUGUCCGAGAUGAGGAAAGAAAUAGAGAUAAUCAGUCUUUCUCUCUUGUAGAAAAAUUGAAACGUCCAUUCUUUUCUUCUGAAAACAUCUCUACUGAAAAUCAAAACGAAGCAAACCCAGAUGGAAGAAUAUCUUCUGUAAAAUUUCAUGUGAAUGAGAGACUAUCAGCAUUUAAACAUGAAAUAAAAAAUGAACCACAGCCAGAUAAAAUUACAACAUCUGAUGAAUAUGAAGAUAAUAUAUUGGAAGAUAUUUCAAAAUUGUCAUCAAAUGCAAAACAAAGAAUUGAUAGAGAUAAAAAGGAAAAAAAGAUCAGUAGUGAACAAGGAUUUUUUUCAGGCUUGUUUACAUUUUCAGUCAGUAAAAAUGCAUCCACGUCAAAGCUGGAAAUUAAUGAUAAAGUGGAAAAUUUGAGGACUGUAUCUGAACAAGUAGAUCUAAACAAACACAUAACAUUUUCAGAUGCGGCAACAUCUUCCUCUGAUCACUGUAUCACAGUAGAUAAGUCCACUUUGGAAUAUGAGCAUGUUGAAUCAAUUAAUGAAAAAUUACCUGAAACAGACAAACCAACUCUUGGCAAAGAUGGAAUUUUUUCAGGCUUUAUAAAAUAUGCUCCAAAUGAAAAUUUAAUAAACUUAAAGCAGGAAGUUAGUAGCAAAGAUUAUUCUGAUAAAGUGAUAAACAUAGAAAGAAAAGACAGAAAGAAGCACACAUCUUUGAUUAUGUCAUCUAAUACAUCAAAUCAAGCUGAUAUUUUGGUCAAAGGUGACGAUGGUACAAUGAAGCCAAACAAUGUCGAUAAGAAAGAAGAAGACAACAGUAAGCAGUCAGGUUUUAUUUCAACCCUCUUUAAUUUAUCAGCAAAGAAGCAAGAGGGCACACCUUCAAAACAAGAGAGUUCUCUUCAUUUCUUGAAACUUAUGAGUAAAGGUCAAUCUGAUAAAGAAAAAACUAAGAAUGAUGGUGAACGUGGACAAAUAAGUUCAAUCUUGGCUGAUGUUAUUAAUAGGACAGACAAAAACGCUGAAGAAAAAUCAUCUUUCAGUUUCUUUGAACAAUUUACUUCCAAACCAAAGAAAAAUAGAGAUGAACCCACAAAAUCUAAGAAGGAUUUUGAUAAACAGGAAAACUCAUUUUGGAGCUUUGGGAAAUCUUUCCUUGAUUCAGAAAGUGCUGAUGACAAAAAUGUUAAUAAUAAAAUGGAUCUGCACCUGAAUGAAUGUGAAUUUUCUAAAGAAACAAACACUUGCCCUGCAUUCAUAAAAAAUCAUGACAAUUUUGCUCAAAACUUGCAAAAAUUGAAGCAAGGUGCACCUGGAUCACUGAAAUAUGAGGUCACAUGGAAUGAUUUCUGCAGAGACGGUCGAGCGUAUAAUUUAUUACCACCAAAUGAUUCUGUAGAAUUGUCAAAUCCCACCAAUUUAAGUAGUUUUAAUUCUGUGGUGGAAUUGGGAGACGAUAACUGUACUGAAAUUGGCUCACAAGAAGGUGCUGAUACAUGCUGGUUAGAUGAUAUUGUUACAAAUCAAGAUGCUUUCCAGAUCCAGUGUAGAAACUGGAACAAUGAGAGGGAUGAAUAUUCUAUGUUCAUGAAUCUCUCAAUAAAUGACAAUGAUGCCAGUGUUGAAGAGAGAAGACAUUUAUUCAGCAAUAAGAUUGAAAAUAGCAUGGGACUUGAUUACUUGGAUCUUAGUGUAAAAUCCAGAGAUUCCAGUAUGCAGUAUUUAUAUUAUGAAGAUGAUGACCAGAGAAAUACGAGAUGUAUGAACGCAAACUCAGAGAAAGAUUGGAAUUUAUUGGAACUUGAAGUUGGUGAAAGGAGUUCUAUGGAACUGCCGCUGGAUUUAAGUUUCUCUGGCAAUGGAGUUGCUUGGCUUUUCACACAGCAACAAGAGUCACAUAACAAAGAAAACUCCUUUAUUAGUAAUUAUCAAGAACACCAAGACUGGUUAACUAUAUUUGAACAGGGGAUGUGGUGUCCUUCAGAAGAUGCUGAAUAUGGUUACUACAUCUUUAGUGAUGAUCAAUACAUAUAUUCCUUGAUUACUGAUGGUAGCGGCCAGUUUAUAUACCUAUGGAGUCCAGAGACAGAUGAAGGGCAGGAAGAAUGGGCGUGUGAUCAAUGGUUGAAUGGUGAUUUUGACAUAGAGGUCAGUAAUUACAUGGUUUCUGUUUGUGGUUUGAAGGUACCCAUUCCGAGUGAUUUGGACUUACUCUGGUGCUGGGAAGAGCAACCAAUAGAAUCAGAAAUUGAUGAUGUACCUCUUGAUCUUUCCCUGGUUCUUGAGAAAAAUAAACAGUUAGUAGGUAAACAUUUAGGUACCUAUGCAGGUGUAUUUAAGGAUUCAAUAGAAUGGGACAGAGAAGAGCCAUUCGACUUUUCAUUAAGGAAAAAUACAUGCAGAAUGGAAAAGCUUAAAAUGGAUUUUAUAUAUGAGAAACAACUCAUUCAUCGCCACGAAGAUCUUCAGACUUCAGCUUUUGAUCUUAGAAUAAUCCAAAGAGGUAAUUUGACUUGCAAAUCUUUAGCUGAUACAACUGCAGCAAGUGAAAUUUCUGACCAUCCUUUUUCAAAAUCCCAAUCUAAAUCCUUGUCACAGCCUGUCUCUGCAGGGCUGAUAAAACAAUUUAAUUCUUCUGUUAAGCUUUCAGAACCUUCCUAUUCUGAACAAAAGAUAUCUGAAUUUAAGGAACAAUCUGAAGAACAUGGAACAUCUUUUAAAAAGAUAACUCAUUUUUUCUCAGCAUUGGGUGGUUUAGUUGGGAAACAAAGUAUGGAAAAUUCUGAUUAUUCUAAUUUGUCUUCAGCAGAUGCAACAUGUUUUACUCCUACAAAGAAUGAAAUGGAUAGCAAUAAAACACUUCCUCGAAGUGGUACUAUGAAUAGAAUAAAUGAUGAUACUGAGAAUGUGCAACCGUUACCAAUGAAUCAAGAUCAAACGCCAAUUAAUGUAUUUGCAUCUGGUUUAAAAAGCUUGAAAUUUAUAUCCACCAGCUGGAAGUCACACUCAAAUGUAGUUGGAGAACAGCCAACCUUGAUUAAUGAGCACCAGCACACAACAAAUCAAGAUUUUCCUAUGUUGAUGCUCAAAUCUGAUCAGUUUCUAAAUGAUAAAUACAACUGCCAGCAAAAAACAACUAAGACAAGAUUGCAGCCAUUAUCUGAGAGCAUUUCCAACAUAAACCAUAAUUCAUUUGCUUCAGAUCCAAAAUCCAAGGAUGUAGCAACGGAUAUACCAUCUCAGAAACAUCAAACUGCUCCUGAAGCUUCCACCAGGACUGUACAGGACUCAUUCUUUAAAAGCUCUUUAAAACUUUUUAAUUCUUCAGGUCAGUCUCAAGUUAAAACUGAUGAGAGAUUUCAAAAUGUCUCUGAUUUUUUUUCAUCAGCACGUUCGAAAGAAGGGCAUAGACCUGCUGGCAUGAAUUUGUCAGAAAAAAACCGAGAAGACCAAACCAAAACACUCAAAAAGGAGGAGAAAGAUCGAACAACAGCUAUUCAGUGUGAUGCAGAAACUCAAUCUUCAGGCAUCUCUUCUUUUUUCAGCUCAAUUGGAGGCUUCUUUAAAACGGAUGCAAGUCCAGUUCAACAAUCGGAUGUUUUGAGCUCAACCAACAGUGAAAGUAAAUCUUUUUUGGAUAACAGCAGAAUUCAAAAUAAAGGUCUGAAAAAUCGAGAAGAAAAUGCUCCACUUAGAUUCUCAAAAUACGAGGUGCCAAAUGCAAGAUUAAAAGGUUUGCGAAAGCAACAAACGCUGAGGGAAUGGGGCACAGAUUAUGACAUUGUAACAGCGGAAGGAAGUGCAUUGCAUGGCAUUACAAAUAAAAUGGCAAAUGUAGAAAAAAAUGUUGGUGCAACAGAAAAGGAAAACAUUUCAUCUUCUCUGAAAGCUGGUAAUGAAAUCAUCCCAAAUAAUAAGGCAUCAAGCAAUGACCCCACUGUAGUGUGGGAUGACUGUACCUCUCUUGGUGAAGUGAAAUCUACUCAAUAUAUUAUGAAAGCAGAGUUUUCUGAUAUAACAAAAUCUCCAAAUAAACCAACUGUUACUACUUUGAGAAAUCAGUUUGGUUCAGAAACAUCCAGCUCUUCAAACAUUGGAAGGUUGAAAAAAUCUGAUAAAGACCAAAGUAAUUCUCUUGGAUCUGCUUCAUCACAUGACGAAGAAAAGGUAGAGCAAAAACCCAAAUUAGGUCUCUUUAAUUUAUCCUUUCGAGAUGAUCAGAAGUUUCCUAAUACAUCUCAAUCCAGACAGCAAGGAACAGGUAAGGGCAUAUUCUCAUUUUUUAGUGCAGCAGCUGAUACAUCAAAUCAUACCCAAGUUCAUAACAGUGGCUCAUUUUUAUCCAGGCCCAAACCAACAGGUAAUUCAGAUGGAUUCUUUAAAUUACCAGCUUUCUUCUCAACAACUUCCUCAGUUGAGAAAAAGACAAAAGAAAACAACUCUGUUUUUAAUUUCUUUGACAUGACAUUCAGUGAUGAGAAAAAGACAAAGCCAGAGAUCUCCCAGCCAAGUUUUGAAGAAAAGGUUGAAAAAAAAGUAAGGCAGCAUGAUCAAACAACUGCAGGUCAAACAGAAGCUGUUACAGAAAUGGAGCAGUUAGACAUGAAAACGGCAGCUAUGCAGCCAAACACUACUGUUACAAAUGAAAAUGACAAUGACUUAAUAUCCAUGAAAAGCUCUUUAAUGGGCAACAAAAACAAUGAGUAUUCAGCAGAUGAAGAAGUUAGAGUUGAAAGCAGUGUUGCUGCCGAUGACUUGUUUUAUUCAAAUCAGAAUGAAGAUGUAUCAGAUACAACAUGCCUUUUUAACAAUGAUGAUGCUUAUAAAGAUGAUCAUGUCACUAUAUCUGAUUCUAAUUUUGUGAAGAGCCUGGAACCUGAGCAUGUCGAUAUUGAUAAUUGCAAUGAGGAUGAAAAUAUUGUUCAAGUUAAUGCUGCAGAUGAAUAUUUAACACAAGCAAAGCUUAUGAGUAAUUCAGUUUAUUUGGGGGGAAAAUUACAUAAAAAUAGUUCCGGUCACUUGCACUCUGAGGUGAAAAAUGAUCGAUGCAAGGUUGAUACUGGAAGGGAGCAAAGUCGGGAACUGCAAUGUGACCAAACAUAUGAUUUGAGAAACAUGGAAAAGGAAAAACAAGGCACUGUAACAACUUGUACAGUUACAGGACGGCUAGAUGCUAAUGAACAAAUGAAAUCAUCUGAAAGUAAUAAAUCUUUGAUAGACUCAUCUGUAGAAAUGUUUUCUGGGUUUAUGACAAAAUUUAAGUUGUUUCCUACCAGUGAAUCUACGAAAAGUUCAAACAGUUCAUUUUCAUCACUUCAGUCUGUAUUUACAAACUCAAACUCUGUAUCAAGUAAUCAGCAACAAAGCUCAUUUUUAAAUUUUUCACAAGGUGGCCAGACUCCAUCUACCAAAAGUGAUCUGUUCAAUAAGUUUAAAUUAUCUUCUGGAGCAACAAAACGCACUGAUAGUCCAAAAAACAAUUUGUUUCAAGAAGAAAUCGGGGAAUUUAGAAAAAGAGAUGGUUUCCAAAUUCUGAAGACCCCAUAUAAAGUAGAAGAAUUGAUUGUUGAUGUUUCUGGUGAAAAUGGUGAUGAUGCCAGUACUUUGUUGGAGCAAGAAUCUAUCAGUUGCACUGAGAAAAAUACAAUUUUUGUUGAUAAUGACACAAAUGGUGAGGAGGUGGAUAGCAUUAUGGAGGAUACUGAACCUGUAAAUACAAUAGUAUAUUCAGAGCCAAAACCCACAGAAGUUCUUAAAACCGAAGAUAUCAUACUACCUUCAGAUACACAGGAAAAUGAAGAAUUGGCCAUUACAGUUUCUACGGGGAAUCAUACUUUCAGUCCUUUUGCAACAAAUGUAGACAUGUUUUUAGAAAACAGUAUUAUAGAAUCAGAUAAUGCAAUGAUUAGCAUGGAGCUUCAAGAUGGAGGUAUGACUGUUUUACCGAAGGAUGUUAAUACUUGUGAAGUACCAUUGUCAGAUUGUCCAUCAGUCAACUCCGCAACACAAAAGACUGAUUGUGAGACUCCCAUGUCAAUUUUUGAAAUUCCAGCACUUAAAUUCAAUUUCCUGUCUUCAGGAGAAAAUGGCAAGUCAUUUAGUUCUAUGUUUUCGCAGCCAUCUCUUAAAAGUAGCUCAUUCGGGCAUACUGGGUUGCUGUCAAGUUUCAAGAAAUUUUCUAAGACACUUUUUGAAAGGGAUGCUGAUCAACUGGAGAGAGAGGGGGAAAAGGUGCAAAAUUCUGGUUUUGAAAUUCUGAAUAAUAAUACCUGUCAAAACGAGACCACAAAUGAACAAGGAAGCUAUGUUAUCACAGAGCAGCCUUUAGAAAGAGAUAAAAUGGAUAUUCCUGACAUUUCAAGAUCUGAGUUACUGGAUUACAAAAGUCAUAUUGACUUAUUAAAGGAUAAGGAAGUACUGGGAAAGUCAGGGCAGGCAUCAGAAGUUACAGAUAACAUUGCUGAAAAUACCUGGACAGAACAGUCGUGCCUUAGAGCAAGAAAUUCAGAUACUUUGCAGGAUAUUCCAGAUGCCAUUCCUUCAGAAGAAGUACCUGAACAACUCUGUGUAAACCAGGAGAAGAUAUCUGGGGAUGAAACAGAUAUUUCGGUUGCAGCUUGCUCAUCUCCGGUGUUGAUGCAUGGACCACAGGACCAAACUUUACACACUUUGGAACUUUUGAAUGUGAAAAGGCCAGUUUCGCUUUAUCCGACAGGAAGUAGCAGAUAUGGUUCAUCAGGAAAUCUCAGCCAAGGCAGUUCUCAGCUCAGUGAACUUGAUCACGAUAACGAAAACAUACAUGAGUCUGGAGUGGAUGAUGGGCGAGAUCAAGAAUCAUAUCACUCUCACCAUAGUUCGGGUACACAAGAAUGGUACAAUGAAGCUGAUAGAGAACCGGGACAUUUGAAUGAAAACGUGAUAGAUGAGCAUGAUGAAAAUUCCAAAAAAGUGAAUGGAAUUGCACUUGAAUCGCCUCUCCCUAGUGUUUACCCCGAGCUGGAGUUGAUUGCAAAACCGCAUGAUGGUUAUAAUGAUGAAGAUAACAUUCCUUUAUUUCCUCCUGCUCGGGCACGUUGGAUUCGAGCCAUUAACAAAGUUCGAUUGCAGAUCCAAGAGGCUCAGCUUGGAGGUAAUGGUGAUCCAUCAAAAUUAUCCUGGUUUAAAGGAGGGACUGGUGGUGGGCUGUAUGGUAUUGACAGUAUGCCGGACCUACGAAAGAAAAAACCCAUCCCACUUGUUAGUGACCUGUCACUUGUACAAUCAAGGAAAGCUGGCAUUACCUCUGCAAUGGCUACACGUACUUCCCUAAAAGAUGAAGAGCUGAAAAAUCAUGUUUAUAAGAAGACCCUUCAAGCCUUAAUCUACCCUAUUUCUUGCACUACCCCACACAAUUUUGAGGUCUGGACUGCCACUACACCAACAUAUUGCUAUGAAUGUGAGGGACUGCUAUGGGGCAUUGCUCGCCAGGGGAUGCGGUGCACUGAGUGUGGGGUAAAAUGUCAUGAAAAGUGCCAAGACUUACUAAAUGCUGACUGUUUACAACGUGCAGCAGAAAAAAGCUCUAAGCAUGGUGCAGAAGACAGAACACAAAAUAUUAUUACGGCAAUGAAAGACAGGAUGAAGAUCCGGGAACGGAACAAACCAGAAAUCUUUGUGCUGAUUCAAGAUGUCUUUGGAGUAACGAAAGUUAUACAUGUACAGCAGAUGAAGACUAUCAAACAAAGUGUACUUGAUGGAACGUCCAAGUGGUCAGCAAAGAUUACUAUAACAGUGGUGUGCGCUCAGGGACUUCAAGCAAAGGAUAAAACUGGCUCUAGUGACCCUUAUGUCACUGUUCAGGUUGGCAAGACCAAGAAGAGAACAAAGACUAUUUAUGGAAAUCUAAAUCCUGUGUGGGAAGAGAAAUUUUAUUUUGAAUGUCACAAUUCCUCUGAUCGAAUCAAAGUAAGAGUAUGGGAUGAGGAUGAUGAUAUUAAAUCACGUGUAAAACAGAGGUUAAAACGAGAAUCUGAUGAUUUCUUGGGACAAACUAUCAUUGAGGUUCGGACACUAAGUGGUGAAAUGGAUGUCUGGUAUAAUCUGGAGAAAAGAACAGAUAAAUCUGCAGUUUCAGGUGCUAUUCGACUGCAGAUCAGUGUUGAAAUCAAAGGUGAAGAGAAAGUCGCUCCUUAUCACAUUCAGUAUACCUGUCUUCAUGAAAACCUUUUCCAUUGUCUCACAGACCUGCAGAGUAGUGGUGUUGUAAAAAUACCAGAUGCUAAAGGAGAUGAAGCGUGGAAAGUUUACUUUGAUGAAACUGCACAAGAAAUAGUGGAUGAAUUUGCAAUGCGUUACGGAAUAGAAUCCAUUUAUCAGGCAAUGACGCAUUUUGCUUGUUUAUCUUCUAAAUACAUGUGUCCAGGAGUGCCAGCCGUAAUGAGCACCUUGUUAGCUAAUAUCAAUGCAUACUAUGCACAUACUACUGCCUCUACCAAUGUAUCUGCCUCUGAUCGCUUCGCUGCUUCAAACUUUGGGAAAGAGAGGUUUGUGAAACUGCUUGAUCAACUGCACAAUUCACUUCGCAUUGAUCUUUCCAUGUAUAGGAAUAAUUUCCCCGCAAGUAGUCCUGAACGGUUGCAAGAUCUGAAAUCUACAGUUGAUCUGCUGACUAGUAUAACCUUCUUCAGAAUGAAGGUGCAAGAAUUGCAGAGCCCACCUCGAGCUGGUCAAGUGGUGAAGGACUGUGUAAAAGCCUGCCUCAAUUCAACUUAUGAAUACAUUUUCAACAACUGUCAUGAAUUGUAUAGUCGCGAAUAUCAGACUGAUCCAAACAAAAAGCAAGAGCUACCUCCUGAGGAGCAGGGACCCAGUAUUAAAAAUUUGGAUUUCUGGCCGAAGCUCAUCACUCUUAUCGUCUCCAUUAUUGAAGAGGAUAAGAAUUCAUACACUCCAGUACUUAAUCAUUUUCCCACUGAAUUGAAUAUAGGAGCAAAGAGAGCGGAGAUGAGGCAACACUUUUUCUCACAGAGAGUGAUGAGGUAUCGCCUGCAUGAGCAUGAGAAACACAGACUCUGCAAAAGCGCAGACUAUAUGAAUUUGCACUUCAAAGUGAAAUGGCUGUACAAUGAAUAUGUUCGAGAUCUUCCAGCAAUCAAAGGGACCAUACCUGAAUAUCCAGCGUGGUUUGAACAAUUUGCAAUGCAGUGGUUGGAUGAAAAUGAAGAAGUUUCAUUGGAAUUUCUACACGGAGCUCUUGAGAGAGAUAAAAAGGAUGGGUUCCAGCAAACGUCUGAGCAUGCUUUAUUCUCCUGCUCGGUGGUAGAUGUUUUCACACAAUUAAAUCAGAGCUUUGAGAUUAUUAAGAAACUCGAGUGUCCUGACCCGGCGAUUGUUGCUCAUUAUAUGAGAAGGUUUGCAAAGACCAUCAGCAAAGUUCUACAGCAAUAUGCAGACAUCCUUCUGAAGAACUUUAAGUCCUACUGUUCCAAGGAGAUGUUGCCUUGCAUUCUAAUGAACAAUGUACAGCAACUUCGAGUUCAGCUGGAAAAGAUGUUUGAAGCAAUGGGUGGGAAAGAGCUAGAUACUGAGGCAGCGGAAACUUUGAAGGAUCUCCAGGUGAAGCUAAACAAUGUCCUAGACGAUCUCAGUGAUGUAUUUGGUGUCAGUUUCCAGCCUCGUCUUGAUGAGUGUGUAAAACAAAUGGGAGAUAUCCUAAGCCAGGUCAAGGGUACUGGAAAUGUUCCUGCUACUGCUCGUAAUAGUGUAGCACAGGAUGCAGAUAAUGUACUCGGACCAUUAAUGGAUUUCUUGGAUGGCAAUUUGACAUUAUUUGCCAAAGUUUGUGAAAAGACAGUGUUAAAACGAGUACUCAAGGAACUGUGGAAAAUUGUGGUAAACACCGUAGAAAGGACAAUUGUUUUGCCUCCUCUAACUGAUCAGUCGGGUACUCAGUUGAUUUUUACUGCCGCCAAAGAACUUGGGCAGUUAUCAAAGCUGAAGGAUCACAUGGUUCGAGAAGAAGCCAGAAGCCUUACACCAAAACAGUGCGCUAUCAUGGAUUUGGCACUAGACACAAUUAAGCAAUACUUCCAUGCUGGCGGAAAUGGUUUGAAAAAGACUUUUCUGGAGAAGAGCCCAGACCUUCAGUCAUUGCGAUAUGCACUCUCUCUCUACACCCAGACCACUGACACGCUCAUCAAAACAUUUGUCCAAUCUCAAACUGCUCAGGGCUCCGGUGUGGGUGACCCAGUAGGUGAAGUGUCCAUACAAAUAGAUCUUUUCACCCAUCCGGGAACAGGAGAACACAAAAUAACAGUAAAAGUGGUCGCUGCUAAUGAUCUCAAAUGGCAAACAACUGGCAUGUUUCGCCCAUUUGUGGAAGUCACAAUGAUUGGUCCACAUCUCAGUGACAAGAAAAGGAAAUUUACUACAAAAUCAAAGAGCAAUAACUGGGCUCCAAAAUACAAUGAGACGUUUCACUUUAUAUUGGGUAAUGAAAAUGGUCCAGAUUCAUACGAACUACAGGUCUGCGUGAAGGAUUACUGCUUUGCAAGAGAAGAUCGUAUUAUUGGGAUUGCUUUAAUGCAACUACGAGAUAUUAUAGAUAAAGGCAGCUGUGCUUGCUGGUGUCCACUAGGCCGCAGAAUUCACAUGGACGAGACAGGAUUAACUGUCCUUCGAAUACUAUCACAAAGAACCAAUGAUGAAGUGGCAAAGGAAUUUGUCAAACUAAAGUCUGAGUCUCGCUCUGCUGAAGAGGGCAGUUGAAUUUUAGAGGGUUGAUUGUUUCAGUGGCUUGGGUCACUUUUGUUUCUAAUUUAUACCUCGUGCCAAUAUGUGCAAGUGUUCAAUAAUUAUCUUUUGUAAAUGGGACCCUCUGCACUACUCUGUCAUUGUUAAUAAGGCCGUGUUGUAUACCAAUCAAAGUAUAGAUCUUUAUGUGAAUUUUAUUUAUUUACAGUAAUCAAAAAAAUUAUAUUGUGUUUAGAAAUAAAAAAGGUUAUUGCUUAAAAAUAGGAUGCUUACAUUUAUGUAAAUAAUUUUAUGAACUGAACUUGAGGCUGUGAUCUCAAUAUUUUUUCACUUCAAUUGAACACUGUGAUACCAUAAUUUAGUGAGAUGAACAACUGAGAAAUAGUUAAAAAUAUCCUAACUCAUGCCUAGUGUCUCGGUUUUUCAUCUCUCUCCCAUAGGAUUGCCAAAGGUUGUCUUUAUAUUGUUGUAGAUAAAAUCAGACAUUCCAUUUAGUAAUAUUAAACAUUUGUAAUCCAAUGCCAUGUCGGGGUUAAUUUUAGCCACAGGGGUAUCAAGCUUGAAACUUCUGUUGUUGCUUUACUUUAAAAAAACUACUCAAAAAGUGGAUAAGAUUAUGGAAGAAAGGUUGGCCAAAUAUUUAUUCAACAGAUUUUUUCUGAUUAUGUUUCUGAUAAAGUGUGAAAAUUAACCUAAAUUUGUUAUCACUAACAAUUGUGGAAUUUUUCUGAACAUAAGAAACUUAGGCAGUGAACAUUUUGAAAAUCAUUACAAUUACUUUGUGCACUAGUGUUAAUUUUGAAAUUCUAAAGGAGUGCAUAAAAAGCUAUACUUCUAUUUUUAACAAAUUGUUUUUAAACAACAUCAUUUCAAGUUAAUCUAUUCUGUAAUUCAUAUUCAUGUAUUUUGUAUUAUUUUAUUUGGGAAAAUCAAAAUGCUUUUGUAGGUGAAUUUUUGAGCAGGUUCAUCUAAUCAUCCACUAUAAUAUUGCCAAAGGACCCUGGGAAACCUUGAAAAACUGUUCAUGUGGUUUCUCCCAUAUUUACAAGAACCCCUGCCAUACCUACAGCAGACGACUGAAAGAGCCCUUACAGAUAUUCUGCCUGUACAAUACUAGCAUUGGAUAAUAUUUGUGUUAUUUUUACAUUGCCAUGUAAUGUGCCAUUUAUUUUAAAUAAAGUAUUGUAAUUAAUACAAUAAAGUCCCUUCCAAGUACAGAAAUAGUAGACUAGACAUUCUUUAAGCCAAAAGGUAUUAUUCUGUUAGUAAAUGUUAUAACGUCUUUGUAAAAAUUGGAUUUUUAAAACAUUUAGCCCUUUAUUCACGAGAAAGUUAAGUUACCAAUGAAAAAACUUUGACUAAAGAUUUUCACAAAACAUAUUGCUUGAGUUGUUUGGAAAAUUGUGCAAUCAGAUUGAUUAAUUUACAUAAGCAAAAUGCAUUUUAAAUGUCAGAGAAAAAAGUUGUUACAAGGAUGAGGCAAUAAUUGUGCAACCAGUAAAUGCUUUUAAUAACCACCUGCAUUUACCUAGUUCAUCCAAAGUGCUAAACAAAUCUGAAGACACUUCACUAGAAUGUUAGCAAAUAAAAAAAUGGAAAGGUUGUUACACAUAUGUUUUUAAUAUAUCUGCCAGAGUGAUUAGACUGAGGGAAGAUAUCCAUGUGUUGGCAGAAUCAAUUGGUUUCCGUUUUAACUGUAACAAAACCUGAUUAUUAAAGUUGAAUGUGUGACAUAUUUGAGUAAUUACAUUAAUUUUGGAACUCUUUUCGGAUAAGAUUAUAAUCUAAUUAAAUUAAA